CUUCUUGUACGUUUUUAUUCAGUCAAUGAAGAGGUGUUCUGAAAUUGCCUAGGUAUUUUGGUCACUGUAGACAGUGGCUGCAGAAAUUCCUUAAUAAAUAACUCAUGGAACUUGAAUUUGGGUUGUUUUUUUUGGUUGGUUGCUUGGUUUGUUUGUUUUAAAAGAGGCAAGUUGGAAUUUGAACUCUCAUGAUCUCAACUGUGAAGUGAAAUAACUGUAGCCCGGGAUUGCAAUGGAUGUGGAAGAAGAAAAUACCAGUUUUAGCCUAUUUCGAAGUUCAGGAAGCCUCCCUUAUCCAGGUUAUCUGCUGAAUCCACUGAUGGGUGAUUUUGUUUCUGACUGGUCUCCUUUACAUGAAGCAUCCAUUCAUGGGAGACUACUUGCCCUGAAGAAACUCAUCUAUCAGGGAGCUAGUGUGAAUCUUAGGACAGCAGAUUGUGUAUCUCCUCUCCAUGAAGCUUGCUUAGGAGGACAUGCUGCUUGUGCCAGUGUUUUAUUAAAACAUGGGGCCAAUGUAAAUGCAACUACUAUUGACUGGAACACACCUCUGUUCAAUGCUUGUGUCAGUGGUAGUGUAGACUGCUUGAACCUGCUACUGCAACAUGGAGCCAGCCCACAUCCAGUGUGUGACCUGGCAUCCCCCAUCCAUGAAGCUGCUAAAAGAGGUCAUGCCAAAUGUGUGGAAACUCUUCUAUCUAAUGGAGCCAGUAUUGACCACAACAUAAAGCAUCUUGGUACUCCACUUUAUGUCGCUUGUGAGAAUCAACAGUUGAACUGUGCCAAAAAGUUACUUGAGUCAGGAGCAAGUGCAAAUAGUGGGAAAGGCCUGGAUUCUCCUCUCCACAUAGCUGCUCAAACUUCCAACGUUGACAUGGUCCACUUGCUCAUUGACUUUGGAGCAAAUACUAGGGCUGUUAAUGCUGAAGGCAAAAAGCCAAUAGAGCUGGUUCCAGCCAACAGUGCACUACUGCAGAUAUUUCUGCAGAGAGAAGGGCCCUUUUCCUUGAUGCAGUUAUGUCGCCUGUGCAUCCGGAGUUACUUGGGAAUCAAAAAGAAACAGAGAAUUAGUGAACUUAUGUUACCAGAUGAGCUAAAGAGGUUUCUUUUGUAUCUCUAAAAGUGUUAUAUUCCUUGCUGAUAUAUACAAGUUUUACUUCUUAGCAAAAUUGUACAAUUUACAUUCCAAAUACCCAAUCAGGGUUUUCAGUAGGGCUAGUUUGUCUACCCCUGCAUUUUUAAUUGCUAGUUCUUGUUUCUAUGUUAAAUAAAUUUGAGAACUAAAUUAAAAAGAAAUAAAGAUCUUGUAGGACAAGUUCAGUUCCACACAGCUGAUUUUCUGAGGUGUGUUAUAAACUAGAUAGAAGAUGCUACACACAUACAAUAUCAUCAUCAUCAUCAUCAAUAUUAUUAUCAUCAUCAUCAUCAUCAUCAUCAUCCAUUUUCUCCGAUAUGGCCUCACAGCUAAUCAAUAAAGUAUUAUUUUUGUUGUUGUUAUUAACAGUUUUCAGGAAAUGAUACUGUUUUAACAUUGAAUCGGGCAGGCAGUGUGAUGCUCCUAGGAAGUGUGGACAUAAACAUUUUCCUUAGUUUAGAUUCCUUGAUUAUCUGAGUUUACUUUUUAAAAAUAUUAUUUUAAUUGAAAUACAUAAAAAUUGAAACUUAGAUUUUAUUUAGUAAGUUUUAUUUAGUCUGGGUCAUUGACCAUAAUAAAGAAUUUGAAAAGAAACUUAGUAUGCUAUAAAACAAGACAACAGACUAUACCAUCACCUUUGUUUAUAAGAAAACUUUACACAGACAUUCUUAGAAAAUAAAAUAAUGUCUAGCUCAGUUCUUUAUUUAAAAUUCUUCCCAUCUGCUCAUUAAAGAACAACAAAAAUAAAUAUGGAUGGGCCAGAGCAGUGGGGAGAAGGAGAGAUGGUUGU